GUGCCUUGUGCUACGUGGAGCUGGGGUGUCUACUCCCCUCCUCAGGGGGGGAGCACACCUACUUCAUGACCACCUUUGGUGGCCUGCCAGCCUUCCUCUUUGCGUGGGUGACCAUCAUCCUCCUGAAGCCUGCCAUGUUGGCCAUCAUCUGCCUGUCCUUCAGCAAGUACCUCGUGGAAGCAUUUGCUGAUGACUGCCAACCUCCAAGACUGGCCAUCCAGCUUCUGGCAAUCCUAACUAUAGGCGCCCUAAGCUACGCAGAACUGGGCACGGUGCUCCCGGACUCAGGCGGAGAAUAUGCUUACUAUCUUGAAACUUUUGCGCCCAUCAAAAAACGAGAAGGGAAAAGAAAGUCUGUCGACGGCGCUUCGAACAACGCGUUUAGUAGCGACGAAAAGUCCGAAGGUUCUCGGAGAAGUUCUAGGGCUCCCACUGAAGCCAUCCUUGCAGGAUCCCAGCCCGGCUAUCAGUCAACCGCUCAAACCGUCGUGCAUUCAAAUCCCGCCAAUCAGCAGACCUCGAUUUCAAAACCCGCCAAUCAGGACGCCGCUCCCAUGAAGAGUCCGUUCAAGUCGCAACCUCAUUGGUGCACGCGGGACCCGCCGCGCGCUUAUUACAGGGGUGCCUGGUAUCAACCGUUACCCGCUUUCCUCUUCAGUUGGGUUUCCGUUUUACUUCUGAAGCCUUCGUCCCUUGCCAUCAUCACCUUGACGUUUGCCGAGUAUUUGUCUCAGUGUUUCUCUGUCGGUUGCAUGGACUUCAUUGCACCAAGAACGACCGUGAAGUUGUUUGCUGUCGCCUGCAUUUUGCUGAUCACAUUCAUCAACUCGUACUCGGUGGCCCUGGCCACCAAGGUGCAGAAUGUGUUCACGGCGGCCAAGCUGCUGGCGAUCCUCGUGAUCGUCGCGGGUGGGAUCUACAAACUCGCCCAGGGCAACACGCAGUACCUGGCCACGGGCUUCACGGGCACUACCAACAGGAUUGGGGACGUCGCCACUGCCUUCUACAGCGGCCUCUGGGCCUACGAUGGCUGGAACAACCUGAACUACGUCACCGAGGAGCUCAAAAAGCCUUACGUGAACCUGCCGCGGGCCAUCAUCAUCGGGAUACCCACGGUAACGCUGUGCUACAUGUUAGUCAACAUCAGUUACCUCGCCGUCAUGAGUCAGGACGAGUUACUCGCCUCGGAAACCGUCGCUGUCGUGUUCGGGGAAGCGUUGCUGGGGAGGGCGGGGCAGCUGUGCAUGAUUUUGGCGGUUGUGCUCUCCACCUUCGGGGCUGCCAACGGAUCCGCGUUCACGUCAGCGCGGCUGUGCUUCGUGGCGGCCCGUGAAGGCCACAUGGUGGACGUGCUGUCCUUUGUCCACGUCCACAAGAAGACCCCGUCCACCGCCCUCAUCUUCAAUGCCAUCAUCGCGCUGCUCAUGAUCAUUCCCUCCGACAUCGCCUCCCUCAUCGACUUCUUCAGCUUUACGGCCUGGAUCUUUUACGGGGGCGCCAUGGUCGCCCUGCUGGUGUUACGGCGCACCCGCCCCCACGCCUACAGACCGUAUAAGGUGACUCGGCUGCGCUACGUGCUCCCCGGCAUGGGUAAACAUUGGGCAGAGUUGCGCUACGUGCUCCCCGGCAUGGGCCAUGUGACCACCUUCUUCCAGCUGAUGCUGCAGGUGGUGCCAACUGACGUCAUCCCAGAUCCCUAGAUGCACCAACUGUUGACCCUGAGCACCAUCUGUACAUAAAGAAACCCUGACUUCCCAAUCACCUGCACCAACUGAAUACUAGAAAUUUUCAAACCAGCUGAUCGUCUGGCCUUUAUGAACCAGCUGACCGUCUGGCCUUUAUGAACCAGCUGACCGUCUGGCCUUUAUGAACCAGCUGACCAUCAGGCCUUUAAGAACCAGCUGACCAUCAGGCCUUUAAGAACCAGCUGACCAUCAGGCCUUUAAGAACCAGCUGACCGUCUGGCCUUUAAGAACCAGCUGACCAUCAGACCGUUCCGACCAUCUCUAAUUCUGAGGCCUUCCAGAUCAGGUCAACAAUUUCAACAAAACCAUCCAGCGUGCAAAAAACAGUGGUUCUUAAACCACCUGCUCUCAAACAUGUACAUAAAUCGAACUAUUAUAUUUUCUCUUAUAUAUAAAAAAGGGCUUCGAUUUCAAUAUUAAAUAUACUAAUAAUAUUUAAUUGCAAUCGAGACGACAUGAUUGCGGCCGCUCAAUGUGAUCUAAGCGUUGUUGUUGUUGGGUGAUUAUUUAUAGCCUUUCAAGCUGUACAAUUUCCUUAUAUUUUGUACUGGACCUUAUAUGAGGUGUAAUAUUUUUAAUUAAUUUAAUUCUAA